CAUCUGCUGGGGUGACUGGUGAUCGUGGGCCAUGGCAUGAGGUGGUCUAUAGCUGGGUAUUUCCUGCCACCUGCUUGGGUUCAAUCUAAUCUAGCCAAGGCCUUCCCCAUUCACCCUCACACCUACUUGCUGAAGGCUGGCUGACUACAGGUUCUUUUCUCUGGCUGCUCAAAUCCCACCAACUGGACCACCCCUACAGGAUCCUACAGGAUCUCUGAGAACAAAAUGAUGACUCCAAGAAAUUCGGUCAGUGGGACUUUCCUGGGGGAUUCCAUAAAGGGCCCCAGCACCGUACAGCCAGGCCAAAGGAUGGGCCUCCAGAGAGGGAACCAAUUACAAAGUCCUACCUUGGAAAGUUUCUUCAGGAGAGAGUCCAAAGCUCUUGGGGCUGUCCAGAUCAUGAUUGGCUUGUUCCACUUUGGACUAGGGGGGAUUCUACUGAUGGUGCCUGUGGGCACAUAUUCCGCCAUCAAUGUGACGGUGUGGUACCCUGUCUGGGGAGGCAUUAUUUACAUCACCUCUGGAUCAUUCUUGGUGGCUGCAAAGAAAACCUCCAGAACUUGCCUGGUCAACACAAAGCUAGGAAUGAACACAAUAAGCCUAUUCUCAUCCAUCUCUGGAAUGAUUCUUCUGAUCAUGGACAUAUUUAAUCUCACCGUUUCUCAUUUCCUAAAACUAAAAAGUCUGAAUCUGGGGCAAACAGUCAAAUCAAAUGUCAACAUAUACAGUUGUGAGCAAAGUGAGGCACCGGAGCAAAACUCUUUGGUGGAGCAGUACUGCUUCACUGUGAAGUCCUUCUUUUUGGGAAUUUUGGCCAUCAUGCUGAUUUUCACUUUUCUCCAGAACUUAUUGGUAGUGUGCAUCACAGAGGAUGAAUGGAAGAUUCUGUGCUCCAGGGCCCAGACAAGUGUGCUUCUCCUGUCUGCAGAAGACAGGAAGGAGCAAGCAGUCCAUCUCACUGUGGUACCCUCCCAACCAAAGGCUGAGGAAGAAGUGGAAAAUCUCCCUGCUCAAGAAGAUGACAAAGAAACAAAUUUCCCAACCCCACCCCAGGAAGGCUCACCCAUUGAGGAUGACAGCUGCCCCUGAGCAGAGCUGUCUGGUUCUCCCUUUCUCCUCCACGUCUGAACCUCUCCCUGUGCUUCCUCUAGCUUUCAUAUCUAUGUGGAGGAACUCAAAAGCUUUUCCAUUUCCCAGUAGGUAGUAAAGUGUAGCAAAACCUACCUUUGAGUCUUUAAAGAAAGGCAACAGGUAGGGGAAUAAGCUUUUUGAACCUUUAUCCCACUAAAGCAAAUUUUUGUUUGGAUCCAAAUUGGCUAAACAUCUUCUAAGUUCAUUUCAAUUUCCUCCCAUUUCCUUAAUGAGAGGAGAAAAGGGCUAUCUCUAUCUUAUUCCUCACAUUUCUCCCAUUCACAAGUAACUUGUCACUUCAAGGUUACUUCCAAGAAAGAGUUGAAAGGAUUCUCCUGUUAUCUUUUUGUAAACUCUUGCUCUUGGUCAAAUUUCCUGGGAUCAUAUACUCUAAACAGAUGAGACCUUAACAUUAAAGAUCACUGUUGCUGUUGUUCACUCCUUCA